AUGGAGUGCUUACCAACUGAAAUCAACACUAAAAUUCUUAUAGGCUUGCCAGUCAAAACACUAGGGCAACUGAAAUGUGUAUCAAAAUCUUUCAACAUGCUUCUCAAAUCUCACCAUUUCAUCAAACGCCAUAGCCAUCAAAUCUUGGAUGAGAACAGUCUGAAAUUAGUACUUGUAGCUGCCAGUUCGAGUGUGCACACUCUGACCAUCACGGAUCAGAACCUUGUAUCUCGUGUCGCUGCUGUUCCAUUGCCCCCGGAUGAUGUCAGCAAGUUCCGCCAUCCCACCAGUCUGGUUGGCACGUGCAUGGGGCUAGCAUGCCUCCGCUGCCCCCCAAACACAUACUCUCUUCUGAACCCGACUACUAAAGAGUUUCGGGUUUUGCCUAGUCCUGGUAGAUUCUGGACAACGAGCUGGCCUCCGAGUAAGGUGUCAGGGUUCGGUUACAUUCCAUCACUGGAUGAUUUCAGGGUGGUUUGUGUUGCCCUUUAUAAAGAUCGGCCUUAUGUACCAGUGAUCAAGGUUUUUUCUGGUAAGUCUGACUCAUGGAAGACGAAGCCGAUCACGGUCAGGGAACCUCUUUUUGGUUUUUUUUCUGAUUAUGCGGUUUAUUUCAAUGGUUCUGCUUACUGGCUAGGCUGGUCUGCAGACAAUAUUGAUGCGAAGUAUCAACGAGUUUGCCUUACAGCGUUUGAUUUUGUUAAAGAGGAAUUUAGUACAGUUUCUUUACAUGAUCAGAAUAUACAUGCGGACAAAAUUAAGGCUUUUGUGCUGUUGGAAGGGUGCCUUACUGUUGUGGUUGACGAAGAUGAUUUCACUGUGGGAAUGUGGAUGAUGAAGGAGGCAGGAGAUGCCGUUUUGUUUAAUGUAAAUCUUGAGCUUCGAUGGUAUGAUCCGGUGAAGGAUAUAGCCUCCAAGCUUGGUGAUUUACGAAGGAUUAGGAGUAGGGAAGGUCGAAUCCACAUUGCAAAGUAUGAGGAGAGUCUGAUUUCGCCUCAUGACAUUCGGCAGGGCAGAAUUGCAAGCAUAAUAGCGGACGAGGAAAUUACUGGUCUGAAAAUAGAGCUUAAUAAGAUGAUCUUGAAGCUUCAGGAGGCUGAAGCUCACGAGAAGGACCUUCUUGAGAAGCUUAGAAUUGCUGAGGAGGCUCAUGCUGAGGAAUAUAUUGUUAUGAAGAAGCGGAUAAAGGAGCUGGAGGAUGAGGUCAGUAGGCUGCGACUUGGCAAUCAAGAGGCCCGGGGGUCUGGGAACAAAGACGCUGCUGCAGAGGAAGUUGCUUGA